CUUGAAGGAGGUGUUUCUUUCUUUGGACCUGUAGACAUUUCUUUCUUUUUUUUACUUCUUGAAUAUCAAAACUGGACCCAGCUUGGACAGAAAUCUCAAGCUGCUCCUUGUGCUUCUUCGGUCAAAGCAGAUAGGGUGUUUUUUGUUUUCGCCGAGGUUUCUCCUGGGGAAAUGGGGCAGGGAGAUGAACUACCGAGUUCGCAGUGCUGUGAUGAGGUAUCCCUGGAACUCCAAGAAGGAGGUGCUCUUUUGGCGUGGCGGCAUGACCGGCAAGUGGCUCUGCCCAGCUCACAUGGGCGAUUGCAUGGCGCUUCAGGACCUGGGCCGCGCCAAGCAGUGGAACCUCACGCAUUGGCAUCUGGGCCUGAGGGGUCGUGCCAUCCUCUUGCAGAGCUUCGCGCCACCAGGCUAUGUGGAUAUGAAGUUCACCAGCGACGUGGGAAUGACCGACGAGGUGAAGGCCUUGCUACUGGAACGUGGGUGGCUUGAUUUGAACGAGCCGCAGCAGAUGUUGGAAGAGCAGCUGGGCAUCCCAGAGGACGAAUAGACCAAAGCGGUGCAGAAAGGGCCACGAGGUUUCAUGCCAAGUACCUCUUGGUCACUGACGACAGCGACCGGAUCUUUUGGAUGGCGACCGGUAACUCCUUGCUCUUCCUGCCGAGCAGUGGCAUGUGGAGAGGUUGCGGCCUUCUGGCGCUUGAGCCCUGGCGUCACUUCGUGCCGUUGGCGCCAGAUUUGUCGGAUGCCUUAGAGCGAAUCGCGUGGGCCAAAGCACAUGAUGAGGAGGCUCGGCGCAUGGCGGCCCGGGGCGCUGCUCUGGCGCGGCAGGCCUUCCGGCACGAGGCGCAGCUCUUCUGCCUUCUCCGCAUGCUCCAAGAAGUGUCUGCUGGGCUUCAGGUCGGCACCUGAUUUGAUUGACAUGCACCUGAAGUGCUUUUCAGACCAAGCCCAUCGGCGGCCGGGCGAAUUUCUGGUGGACCAACGACGGCCGUGGGCUGCGUGACGACGGAGUCGAAGCGCGCUUCGCGCUUGGCGGAGGGGCGGAAGAAAGGGGCGUUUCUUCAGCGGGCGGACAGUGAAGUGAUGCAAAGCUCACCGGUUGGUCUUCAACUAAGUAGAUGUUCGCAUGGCAGAAUCAUGAUGGGCAUCGAUGAG